CAGUGUAAGUACAGCUUCCAAUUUGAAUCGCACACGCAGUGCCCUAGUGAAGCUGUAAAUUAGGUUAAGUUAUUGAAAAAUUAAAAAAAAAACAGCUCUUCUGUCCACUAGGGCACUACGUGAGCGAAUCCAAUUGGCAUCUGUACUUACACAGUGCCUAAAUGUAUUCUAUUCUAGUUCUACUAUAUCGAACUGAUGCCUUUGUGCUGCCUUCACUUUUCUACCCUGUCCACGAUAGAAUGAUCAGCACGAUGAUGUUGAUGUGUGGCUGCUGUUCCUUUUCCAGUCCAAUUGGGGGUCGUCCAUUAUGAGUUGCGGUUCGCUGAUAUCCAAAUUCCGGGUCCGUUAUGCUCCGAAGAGGGUCAGGUGUCAGGUACUCUCGGGGGGAAGAGCAACUGACGAAAAAUGGCAAGUGUCGGGGCUGGGAUCGAACCCAUGACCAUCCGCUUAUGAAGCGAACGUGUGGACCACUGCGCCACGAGCCCCGACAUAAUGAAAUCUUGAUCAUAAAAAAUAUCUUCUCCGUGAAUCGUACUCGGCAUGGAAUCUUUUAACCCAAAAUUGUUGUGGAAACAAAAACGUGACAAGGAAUACAACAUUAUUCUGUUUGGCGAAACCGGCUCAGGCAAAUCAACUCUGAUAAACUAUCUGACGAAUUAUUUCCAUAACGGUACACUAAGGAACUUGAAAAUUGCCAUUCCCACGAAGCAUUAUGAUUCAACAGAGGGUCUAGAGCACUAUGAAUACAACGUUCAGGAUUCUUCAAAGAGCCAAACUAAGACAUGUACUGUAUACAAUUUCAGAAAACAGGACACGACAUUCAACUUUAUAGACACCCCAGGGCUCAGUGAUACCAAAGGGGCGGAUCAGGAUGACUUCAAUAUUCAGCAUAUUAUGCGAGCAGCGGAGCAGAGUGGAGUGUUGACAGCAAUCAUUCUCGUUAUAAAUGGAACGCAGGCUCGAAGUACAGUAAACUUACGCAACACAUUGAAUCUGUUGAGAAGCUCGAUUCCAGACGUUCUUCUGCAGAAUCUCGUUGUUGUUCUAACAAAUUGUUCUUCUACUACAGUCAACUUCGAUCUGGCGCAUUUGAAGCCUUGGACUAUUGCUGAGGCAAACGUUUUCCACAUGAACAACUGUGCCCUCAGUAGACCAGUAUCACAAUGGAUAAACGACAAGCGUGCGAAGAAAAGAAUGGAAUUUGAUUGGCAAUGCUCAAUGGAAACUAUCGAAGAACUGAACGAGCUCUUAACGAAGCUUGGUGGCAAAGCGACCGAGGCUUUCAAACAAAUGCGUUUUAACAAAAACACAAUAAAAUUACAGCUACGUAGCAUUUUAUCGGAGGUAAAGAAAAUCCAAAAUCUUCAAAACGAACUAGAUAAUAUGCAGAACACACAGCAAAAUAUAUCUGCCGACAUCAAAAAAUAUUCCGACUACAAGCGAACAAAGCAAGUGGAAUAUACGGAAUUAGAACGAAGUGAAUAUGUCAGUAAAUUCUGCACUCAAUGCUUGACGACAUGCUAUGAAAACACUGCACUCUCGCCUUCAGUUACACGUUCAUAUACAAUGAAAUCAGUACCAUUUUGUAGGGACAUAUUAAACUUUAUAGAAUUUAUUUUUCAAGACAUUUGUCACUGCAAGCAUUUACCGUUCAGUCACUGCGAAAGCAAAGUUAGGUCAGUAAGGAAAACAAAAACCGUCGAAGAAAUUCUGCAAGAUGUGAAAAACGCCUAUGAUGAUAACGUGAGAAGAAACAAGGAAAUACAGUCUAAAAUUGGCAGCCUGGACACCGACAUCGCUGCACUGAGACAUGUUCUCGAUAAAAAAGAAGUCGAAAUACUGAAGUGUUGCCAUGAGCUCAAGAAGCUCUGCUCGCAGUUUAACUUUGUGGACGAGCUCCAGGGCGUCAUUGAUGUCCUGGGGAGAAACGCCCGUACGCUUACUUCUACCGUGGCAAGGGCCGAUGCUGAAAACAGAAUUAGAAACAUCAAACACGUGAUCGAUACGCUGUCAAACGCUGAGAAGAGUGAUUAGAACGCGAAAAAUAAAGUAUCUAUUUUGGAUCCAAUCUUAUAUUAUUAUAUAAUUAUUAUAUUUUAUUAAAGGCACUUUACCAGAUGAGAUGGCAAUUGUUGUUAAUAUACGACUUUGAUAAUAACAUAA